AUGGUUGAUGAUAUUGAAGUUGAUGAUCCUGGUCCAACUGGGACAAUAAAUGACAGAUUGGAACAUGGAAACGAAGUAAUUCGUGAAACCUUUGUAGAUAAAAAUACCAAGGAAGCGGAAAUCCUGAAAGAAGAGAAUUCAUCUAGUGUUCUGGAGUCUGAAGAUAAAAGUAGUGAAGAGAGAGAGACAGAAUCUGAACCAUCAGAAGAUGCAGAUGUUGAGGACGAUACUGGGAACGACGAUCAAGUAGUAAGGACUGCUUCUGAUUUGAACUCAGACUCAGACUCAGAACCAGAAUCAGACUCAGACUCAGAUUCAGACUCAGACUCAGACUCAGAUUCAAAUUUCAAUCCUAGAUCAUUAUCUGAUAUCAUAAUCGAAGAAAUCCAGAACGGGACCUAUACAUGUCUUGUUUGUACAUUGGAAAUCGAUUCUAAUUGUGAAAUAUGGUCAUGUGAAAGUUGUUAUAGAGUAUACGACUUAGAAUGUAUAAGAGAUUGGGCUGUUAGAGGUUCAUCUACCAAGAAUAAAAAAUGGAGAUGUCCUUCUUGUAAUGAUGAAAUUGGUAAGAUCCCAUCAAAGUUCACUUGUUGGUGUGGUAAAGUAGAAAAUCCAUCAUCUAGUUCGUUAGUUCCUUUUAGUUGUGGUAAUAUUUGUAAUGCCAAAUAUGAAGAUUGUAUCCAUUCAUGUUCUUCACCCUGUCACCCAGCUCAACAUCCAGUAUGUGGUGCUUUGGGUCCAGUGAUGAAAUGUCAAUGUGGUAAUCAUCAGAAGCAAGUCCCUUGUAUUAUAACUCCUUAUAAAACAGGUUGGACUUGUCCAGAUAAGUGCGACAUUUCACUUUGUGAUAUGGGCCAUAAAUGUCGCAAGAACUGUCAUUCUGGAUUCUGUGGGAUUUGUCACCAAACAGUCAAAGGCUCUUGCUAUUGUGGGAAGAACGAACUUGAGAUUAAAUGUCAAGAUAAGUUUUUGAAAGCUUGUAACGAUAGGGUGGGGAUUGGUUAUUGUGAAGAAACAACUAAAUAUUUCUUUGACUGUAAUGUUCAUUUUGAAAUUCUCGACUGCCAACCUCCAAGAUCUUCGGAACAAUGUAAGUUUUCACCAGAAGUUCUGAAUACUUGUCAUUGUGGUAAAUCUCCUGCUGCUGGAAGAUCCAAAUGUACCGAUCCUAUUCCUGAAUGUGAGUUAGUAUGCGGUAAAUUAUUAGAUUGUGGGUGUGAAUGUGCUAUGAAAUGUCAUGAAGGUCCUUGUGAAUGUUUCAAAAUCAUAAAAACCAAAUGUUCAUGUCAAAAUUAUGAAUUUUUGGUUCCUUGUAAAGCUUUACAACAAGGAUUUUCACCACAGUGUGAACAUAAAUGUGAUGCCCUUCUCAGUUGUAGAAGACAUUACCAUAAAGCUCAAUGUUGUGAAUACGAAAAGGUUGCUUUAGACAGAGAGAGAGUGAGAAAGAAACAGAUCAGAAACAAGUUGGUUUCUAAUGUUAAUCAAGACAUCAUGUCAAUUGAAUCGAUUCAUAUUUGUACUAGAAAUUGUAACAGACUCAAAAGUUGUCAAAAGCAUACUUGUGACGCUUUGUGCCAUGCCGGCCCAUGUCAAACAUGUCUUGAAUCUACCAAUGAAGAUUUGAUCUGUAAUUGUGGUAAGACGGUUAUCCCUGCACCAGUGAGAUGUGGUACCAAGAUAAAUUGUAUGGAACAAUGUGUAAGACCCAAAAGUUGUGGCCACAAGUCGGAGAUCCAUCAUUGUCAUGAAACUGGUGUUUGCCCUCCGUGUACUGAAAGAACGACCCGAAAAUGUGAAUGUGGAAGGAACGAUAUGCCAAAUAUCUUAUGUUCAGCUCCAGAUCCAAAAUGUAGUUAUAUAUGUAGGGAAUUGAAAUCAUGUGGUCACGAAUGUUCAAGGGCUUGUUCAAAGGCAUGUAACAAUGGGGUUCAUUUGAGCUACUGUAAUUCAUCGUGUAAAAAGAUUAGGAAAAGUUGUCCUCAUAGGUGUCAAGAAAAGUGUCAUUUCGGAAAGAAAGACUGUGAUGAUGUUUCUUGUAAAGAAUUGAUCGAUUUAAGUUGUAGCUGUGGAAGGAUCAAUAAGAAGGUCCCUUGUGGAGCCAACAAGACCACUGAAUCUGUGAUUGACUCAAAAUUACAUUGUGAUGAAGAGUGUGAAAGAAUUCAACGUGAUAACGAAUUGAAAGUGGCAUUUACGGGUGAAACUGUGGUUUCUGAUUCCGAAACCAUUUACUCACAGUAUGUUGUCGAUACUUAUAGAAGACAAACCAAUUGGUGCUCAAUGAUGGAAGGGUUCUUGAGGGAUCUAAUAAUCAACAAGCUGAAAAAGUUUCAUCAUUUUCAACCCAUGAAUCAUCCACAAAGAAAGUUCAUCCAUGAACUAGCUCAAAGUUUCAAACUUUACUCUGAAAGUUUAGACCCUGAGCCGAAGAGAACAGUUUACGUUUAUGUUACUCAGUACACAGUCUUACCUGAAAUCACAAUUAAACAAUUCAUUGAAGAAGAUGACAAAAAGAAAGAAUUAGAAGAACUAGCUAGAAAACUUGAACAGGAGAAGUUGAAUGAGGAAUUAUUUAAUUCCAUCAUAAUCGAAGAUGUCUAUUUCAGUAUCACUGAAGAAAGAUUAUUAUCCAUAAUCGAACCAAACCUCGGAAAUUAUCAUUUGGAAAAUCAAAUGGAAUUAAAACACAUUCAAGGAAGAUUCAUAUUGGUAUUCACAGGUGAACAAUUGACAGUCGAGGUAGAGAACAAUCUUUAUUUAUUAAUGAAGUACCUUCAGAAUAACUUUAGGGAAAAUUCCAUUGCGUUUGGCUGUAAGUUAUCACUUUUACAAGGUGAAGACAUUUUAAAGAUAGAUUCUAAAGUUAUAAGAGAACCUCCUAAAAAGGAAAAAUUAGAUAAUUUAGACAAUCUGUUUGAUAUCUUACAAGAUCAAACUAUAUAA